AUGGGGAUGUCUGGAGGGACCUUUAGGUUCUUCAUCGUGUUGCUCGCCACGGGAAGGAUUUCAGUUUUCUCAGGUUCAGUUGUUUCCAGCUGUGACACAUGCCAUGAUGAAGCAACAUGCCAGCAGUCACAGGAAAGGGGCGACACCUUUCCCGGCUUCUCAUGUGUCUGCAAAGAUGGCUUCUUGGGCGAUGGUGUCACCUGUUACGAUCGCUCCACCUGCAGCGACGGUUCAUGUUGUCGCCAAGGUUACCAGUGGUCACCUGACAGCGGCUGUGUGGACGUUGAUGAAUGCUCCCUCUCCGACUCAUCUUGCACGCCGCCUUGGGUUUGCCAAAACACAGCAGGCUCCUACGAAUGCUUGACCCCUGCUUUGCAUUCCAGAUCUGGCAUUUCUUCACCAUCUGUCCAGUUCAGAUGUGGCAACGCUUCGUGUCCAGCAGGCAUGGACUGUAUUGGAAAUAAUGGGAUGAGCUGUGUAGACCCUUGUGAGAGCUACACUGUCCUCAACGAUGACUGGCGUUCCACAGAAUUUAGAUACAAUAAUAGCAACCAGGCCAAUUGUGACCGAAAUGUUCAGUGGCAAGGUUGGUAUCGUCUGUUUCUGGGGGACAACAGUGCACGUAUUCCCGAGAGAUGUAUUGAAGAAAACAUGUGUGGAACACAUGCACCUCUAUGGAUAACGGAACCUCACCCCACACAAUCGGGUGAAAUUGUAACUCGCACUGUGUGUAAUGCCUGGUCGAGGGAAUGCUGCCAUUUUGAUUCAAAUACCAUCCAUGUCAAGCUGUGCUCUCGAAGAGAGUCCAGCUACUACGUGUACAAGCUUGUCAAGCCAUCCACGUGCCGUCUGGCCUACUGUGCAGAGGUUGACGUACUAAGUUCUUCAACAUUGGAACCUGAAGUUACCCCAGUGGAGCCAACAACUACCACUAGUGAAGCGCUUCACACUCCCUCAACAACAGUACCCUCAAUAAAAGAGGGUGAGGUUCUUCUGGUAAAUGGUAGAAACAACUCCUGCGCCGGAAGAGUGGAGAUCUUCCACCGUGGACAGUGGGGAACAGUGUGCGAUGAUAUCUGGGACAUAAAUGAUGCCAAGGUAGUGUGCAGACAGUUGGGCUGUGGCAGAGCCUUAUCAGCCCCACCGAGAGCCUUCUUUGGACAAGGCAGAGGACCCAUUUGGUUGGACAAUGUCAGAUGCACGGGCAGUGAAUCAAAGCUCAGUGAGUGCAACCACCAAGGGAUUGGCUCACACAACUGUGGUCACCAGGAAGAUGCUGGCGUGGUUUGUGACGCUGCUUCACCCUUGAGGCUGGUCAACUCUGACAACCGCUGCUCUGGAAGAGUUGAGGUCUACCAUAAUGGACAGUGGGGAACGGUGUGUGACGACGGGUGGGACCUCACCAACGCUAAUGUGGUGUGCAGACAGUUGGACUGUGGCAGAGCUCGGUCAGCACUGCACGGUGCAGCUUUCGGACAAGGCAGUGGACCCAUCUGGUUGGAUGACGUCCGUUGUUAUGGCAAUGAAAGUUCCAUAGCGAGCUGCAGACAUCUUGGAUUUGGGAGACACAACUGUGUUCACAGGGAGGAUGCAGGCGUCAUUUGCGAAGAGUCGGACGCUCCACUCAGGAUAUCUCGUCUUAUUUGUGGCUCUGACAAAAUCCAAGUGGGCCUGAGUUCAGUUAGCACAACAAGCGCUGGUUAUAACCCACUCACUGGAAACCUGGCAGUCCACAACUGUUCCUGGGUCAGGGUGCAAGAUGAUGUCGUGUGGUACGAAGCUGAUGUUAAGGCAGAUGCUUGUGGAAACAAACUGACGACCAACAGCACACAUGCCAUCUAUUCCAACAGUUUAUUCAUCUAUCCAACAAUCAACACGUCCUUUUCUGUCCCUAUGAGUCUUCCUUUCUCGUGUGCUUAUCCCCUGGAAACAGAGAGCAAACUAAAUGUGGCCAUCAGGCCAUUCCUGGCGUUGGAAGGCAGUGUUGUUGGUUCAGGUGCCAAAGCUAGAGCCUCCAUGGUCCUGUUCCGCAACUCCAACUAUACAGAAGCUUAUCCAGCAGGUGGGGUGGUCCUUCCAGUGGGCUCACCUUUAUAUGUGGGGGUCUCUGUGGACAAGAGAGAUCCCAGCUUGGCAGUUGUUUUGGAGGACUGCUUCGCCUCUCAUUUCUCAAACCCUGACGUCCCUGAGCGAUACUCCCUCAUCUACAAUAAAUGUCCCACUGACCGCCAACAAGUGUCAGUGGUUGAGAGCGGUUCAUCCCUUCGGGCUCGUUUUUCUGCCCUGUUCUUUCUUCUUCAGGGAGAAUACCGAAAUGUAUACCUCCACUGCAGCCUUAGCCUGUGUGACCGCAGGACAUACACCUGCGUUCCGUCUUGCGCAAGGAGAGCACAACGCUCUGCCUCACAGAUUCCAAUCAAGCCACUGACCAUUGGACCAAUCACUUGGGACAAUUCAUCUGAGUGACAUCAAGGAAUUGAGCUCAUUGUUUAACAAAGUUGACUUUUUUGAAGUAAUUAAAAAAAGAUCAACAACAAAUCAUCAUGAAAUUGUUUUCUAAAAAUGGCAAUCUAUGGAGUUUUGAUUAUAUGAAAAUAAAGGAGCAGCACA